GAACAUCGCAGUCGUCCUUCAGCAUCAGAGAGGAGACGGAGGCGAAGUUGCGACUCAAUAUUAUGUCCAUUUCCUGCCGGUUCUUUAAGUGGAUAUGGACAAAGGAAGAAAAAUCAGCAGUAGAGCAAAGAAUCUGCCCCAAUCUCUGUACAAUGCUAACAGUGAUGAGUCAGAUACCCUGGAGGACCUUAUGCAAAUGCUGUUUGAGACGCAAAAAUGCUUUACUGAGCUUAGGAAACGGGUGUUGAAAGUCGCCCAUGUGAACACACCUCAGAAAAGUUUGGAGAGCACUGUACUGCCUCAAAGUGCAGAGGAUGAUGAGGAGGAUGAAUAUCAGCCAGAUUUCCGAGAACGUACUCCAAGCCUCUAUGAGGAAGCCAGUGAUGUAACCAGUAAAUCUAAUAAUGUAAGAACCUCUAUUCCCACACCAGAAAUCAGGAAGGUGAAAAUGCUAUUACAAGCAGCCAAAGAAGAAAAUGAUGAAAUUAAUGACAAAAUCCGGCAGAGAAAGAAGAUGGUUGCUCUUGCAGAGAGGCAGAUGAAAGCAGACUCAUGUGCAAAGAAAAGAAGUAAGGAAAGUAUUGACCAAAGGAAGACCAAGGACAGUACAAAUAAGGAAAGUUGGAAGCAUGACAUGUACCACCAGAUCUAUGAUAAGCAUUCCAAACUUGAAGAUCAGCCUGCAAGCAACAUCAGAGCAGAAGAGCAAGAAGAAGAGCAAGAAGAAGAGCAAGAAGAGAGCCCUCUGGGGUAUCCUGAAUAUGAAAUGCCUGUUCAUGAUAUUUUUAUGUAUCCUGCAGAAAAGGCUCAUGUUGGAUCUAUAAUCAUGGAUAGAGAUCUGGUAUCCAGAAGUGAUGGAAAUAUGAAUCUGGUAGUUCAUCCAGGGAUGCAGACAGAGCUAUUCAGUGAACAGGAUGCUGACGAGCUACCAAGCCCAUUGAGGAGACCUCUAAGCUUUGUAGACGUGGAUUCAAGCUAUGUGGAUGAUACAAACUCGGAGUUAAGCACUUCCCUUCAGUCGCCUGAAACUUGCAAAACUCCUGAAACUUUGCCCACACCUCCCUCUUCUGAAAAGCUGUCAGGAAAAUAUGUGUUACGAAGGCCAAAUCCAAACACUAAAAUUCCCCUUAGGAGGCCAAAGUGUGCCCCUUCAACUUUACUCCUGCCUGCACCAGAAAUCUUGAUUGAGAAACCAGGCAAGACUUCCAAUCGUCUUUCCAGCAAUGGAUCUCGGGAAAGGAAAAAGCAUGAGAGUGAUACUGAGAGUCACUUGACAAGGACCUGCUACCCUGGAGAAGCCAUUGAACAUGAAUUUAAUCCAGCAGAUGUGAAUGAGGGAAUUAGCAAAAGGGAAGAAUCAUAUGAAGUCUGUAAAACUGUGGGGAGGCCUUCCAGGAAUACAGCAAGUAUGAGGAAUGGACUUAUGCAAAUACAGGCCAGAUUAGUCCAGAUGAGUAAUAGUGGUUUACCAGUGGCAAAAUAUGAUACAGCAGGGUAUAGAAAUGGGGAAAUGAACGAGGAAGAGGUGAUAGUGGAGGAAGAGGUGAUAGUGGAGGAAGUAGUGAUAUUCGAGGAAGAGAUAGUGGAGGAGGAAGAGGAGAUAGCCGAGGAAGAGGUAGUAGAGGAGGAAGAGGAAGAAAUAGUGGAGGAGGAAGAGGAGGUUGUGGUGGAAGAAGAAGAACUAGUAGAAGAGGAGUUGCUGGUGGAGGAGCAGAAGCUGGAAAGGAAUGUCUUUUAUACUUCUGACAACGAUGGCAAGAAACCUGUGCUUUUAUCCUGGAUUUUAGGUGACGGUACCAUCUCUCCUUCAUCUGUGUCAUUCCUCAUGAACUACCUUGAGGCUAAGAUUGUAUUCAAAGCAUAUGCUCUGAGAAACGAUCCUUUAAACAAACCAAUUGGUAUUGCUCAGUUGGAGAGUGGCCAUAUUAUCGUGGCAGACACCUUCAACAACCGCAUGAUGCUGUUUGAUGGAACGGGAAAAGUUCUUGGCCCUUUUUAUUCUUCCUCUUCCUUGUACCAUCCUUCUGCUGUGGUGGAACUGGAGGAUGGGGGUUUUGCUGUCAAGGACAACAACAGCAUUACAGUCUUUUCAUCAGAGUUUGAGUGUUGCAAAGUCAUUGCAAAGGGAAAGUUGAGUCGACCUUAUGGUCUAACUGUGAAUGCAGAGGGCCUGUUGGUGACUGUUGAGACUAACCUGACUGGCAUUCUGAACAUCGUCACCCUGAAUCCAGUCUCAGGCAGGGUGGAGUCAAGGAUGAAAGUGGACUUGGGCCUGAGCAGCCAUGCCAAGAGUGAGAGCAAACCGCGCUUCAUUGCUUGGCAGGGAGAGUGCAGGCUCCUAGUAGUAGAUCUCGGCCUGAACUGCGUUUACAUUAUAGACGCCUUUGCUGGGGUGGUUCUAAAGAGGUUUGGGGAGUAUGGCCAAGGCCAAGACCAGAUGCAUGACCCGUCCGGCAUAGUCUGUGAUGGGGAUGGCUUCAUUCUCCUAGGGGACAGCCGAAACCAUCGUGUGCUGAUCUAUGACCCCAAUGGUCAGUACAUCUCAGUCUUGGAAGUGGAUGUACCUGUUCGCCGUCCCUCCGGCUUGUACCUGACCUCGAGUGGCAAUCUGCUCAUCCUUAACUACUGGGAAAAUUCUGUGGCAGCCUAUCGCUUUCAGGAGAUUGGGGGUAAUUCUUCUGUUUAAGGAGGAAGAGGAAGAUGGUGAUCUUGGAAAAGGAGGAGGAGGAGGAGGAGGAGGAGAAAGAAGAAGAGUGAAAAAAAAGAAAAAGAAAAAGGAUGAGACUCAUUACAGUCUGUAUGUUUUUUUGUUUUUUUUUCUUUAACUUUUUUGCAUAUAAACCAUUAGAGGUGAUUUUGUUGGUUACACCAAUUUAGACUUAUGAUAUUUUGUUUUGGCAUAGAGUUAGUGGUUAAUUGAUUUUUAUGUAUGAAGUUGAGCAUCAUUGAUUCUUUUGUUGGGUUGUUUUGUUUAUAGUUAUGUUAAAGGAAGAUUCAUUCUUUGUCAGAGACUCUGUAGUACAAAAGGUGUAGUGACUAUAUGUUUUACUUUUUCUUGUUUAUUUUGCUUGAGUUGUAAUACCAAUUUAAUUAUUGCAAAUGAAAAGUAAAGAUGUUUACUUUUCAGAGAAAAAGGACUUUUUUUUAUUGUUUCAAACUACCUAUAGUUAUGUAGCAGUGUUUGGUUUUGUUAUGUAUUUACAUUGUGAAAUUUUUGUUAUCAAAGCUGUGAUGUUUUAAAAUAAAUUUAGUACAAAAUCUUUA